AAGAGGUUGUUUAUGAUUUUACCUGCCUUAAAUGCCAUGCAGUUUAGCACUUUAUUACAAGACCGCUUAGUACCAUAAUGAAUUACUGACAAGACAUAAACACAGUUACAAAACUACCCCUCUCCGCUAACAAUGGUUAAUUUCUAGCCGGCCGGCGUUUUGCAGUUUUUGCACUGCUCAUUACCAAGUUGUGUCUUACACAGUGCGCUUGUCCGUUCCCUUAGAAUUAGUGAAACAGUGUGAUAAUAGUUUUAGUGAUGGCAAAUAUUAUUGACGUGGAAAUGGAUACGUGUGAACCAGAUAGCACGGUGGAAAUCAUCGAUGUGGAAGAAGAGCCAGUGACUGAAGAGCGAACUCCGUUGCAGGUUUUGAGUUAUGAGCUUGUGGAAAGGCAGAAUAUGUGUGCGGCUAUGGUGGCGGCCAGUAUUCGAGAUAGAGACCGCGUCCGUACACAACUAGAGGAAGCCCGAAAACGACGGGCGAGCGUCACGGCGGAUUAUCUGCAGGUGAUGCAGUUGAGUAAAAAUGCUACUCGAAGCCUCGCGGACGUCAAAACUUCACUUGAGGACGCCAUGAGGAAGCGCGUUGCUCUGCUGAAAGAAAUCGAAACUGAAAAGAUGUGGAGACCGCCGAGCGCUGAAAUGUGUCUAAAAAAGCAGCAGGAACUAAAAGAAAGAGUCGAACAUAUGAGAGCCAUUUUGGGUAUGGGCAAAAUACGCACACCCGAUGAUUGUUGACUUUGUAAUGAGGUCAACUACAUAGAAGAGUAGGUAAACUCUUCUUAUUACUAGUCUAAAACUAUUAGUCACAUAUCCGUACAAGGCGGGAAGAAGUUGAUAUAUGGCGGGAAAAAAAUUAAGAAAUUUGAACCUUAUAUAAUUUAAUUUUAAGUUCAAAUAUCUUCAGUAGAAUAUCUCGAGUUAUUAAUAAUACCCGUUCGCUUCAAGAUAGCCGUCGGCGACCGUUACAUGAUAACGUCCCGUCCCAAGGUACCAAUUAGGUACUAGCAAAGACAUGUAACUUCGUAUAACAUGAAUAAAGUCUAAGAAAAAAACGUGCCUCGGAAAUCAAGAAAAAGUCAUUCUCGGAUAGAUGGUGCACACACCUUUAGCCUAUUCUCGGCUAGAUGGCGUGACGACACCGUUUCAUAUUUAACAAUUUUAACACGUAGAUAUCAGGGAAUGAACAUGGGUCAAAAUGAUAUAAAAUUAAUAAAAUCAUUUAUCCAUAUAUAUUCAUUUUUUUAAAUAAUUUUAUAAGUACGUGUUUAUUUUGAGUUAUAGUCGUGUGUCGAUAGAUGGCAGUAAAUUUACAGUGACUACAACAUUUACUAUGACAGGACCCCUCUAUACUAUCUAUUCUUUUUGGUACUAGCACGGACUAGCCUAUAGUACUAGUAAUGUCGACAAAAAAUAAUAACGUAACUUGUACUUUAUUUUUUAACGCUCACUUUAUUUAAUAUUUUUGUGAUUGUAUUAAAUUAAAGUAAUAAAAUGCGGGGAAGCGGGCCGGGAGGUAACGGCCAACUUGAAACGAACGGGUAGUAAUACUAAUUACAUACCUUAAUAAUAAAUUGCAAUUAUUUUAGUUAAUUAGGAAAAGAACUCUAAUUGCGAUCAUAAUUUUACUAGUCCUAAAUAGUCAAAAUAAGUUAUCUCUAGGUCGUUUCCGUAAUUAAUGUUACGGUAAACUAUCGGCAGAGUUAAGGAGUCUUGUAAUUGAAGGGAUGUUUACAAAA